AUGAAGACAUUGCUCGUCCAUCGCUAUGGCUGUACCAGGGAACCAUUUAUUUGCAUUCCUCCAUUAUCGUAUUAUUAUUAUUAUUAUUAUUAUUUCUCUUCCUCCUCCUUCCCCUUCUUCUUCUUUCCUGUUUUCUUUUUCCUUAUUAUUGUCCUUCCCUUCUCCCCCACUUCUCAUUCUUCUCCUGACUCCUCUGUUUCCGUCUGUUCAAUUUCUUCUCCCUCCAUCCCUAUUUCUUAUUGUCCUUAUUUUAUUUCUGUUUUUCUCCUCUUCUUUUUUCUUCUACCUCUACUUCACUUUUCUCUUUCUCCUUCUCUGUUUCUUAUUGACUUAAUUUUAUUUUCUAUUGCUCUUCUUCUCUUCAUAAUUAUCAUCAUAACCAUCUUCGUCAUCAUCAUCAUCAUCUUCUUCUUCUUCUUCACUUUUUCUGUUAUUCCUUCUCUAUUUCUUAUUCUCCGAUAUUUAUUUGCAAUCCUCUCUCUCUCUCUUUAUAAUAUCCUCCUUUCCUUUCUCCAUCUCCUUCUGCUUUGUUUCCCCCCCCUUUUUACGUUCCUUUCUUACGCCCCACCACAAUGUUUUUCCUCUCUAUUUUUCUCCUGUUUUCUUCUUCUAUUUCUUCUUCUAUCGAAUCCCUACCCAUCUUAUUUCCUUCACUCACCUCGUUUCUUUUAA